AGGCUGAGAAGUGCUUGCAGCGUUUUAUUUUACUGUGAUCAGCUGCCAUACCUGCUGCUUUUUUAGCUCGAUUAAAUGGCUCUGUUGAAUAUAAAACUUUGAAUAGUAAGCGGAAACAACUCUAACCUUGAAACAAAGUUGUUUUAAUGGAGUUACUGGCCAUUCACUGUUAGUUUGAAUGAGUUUGGAUGCUCUUCCGAGGGUGACUUGCCCAAACCAUCCAGAUUCCAUUUUAGUGGAGGAUUACAGAGCUGGUGAUAUGAUUUGUUCAGAGUGUGGGCUAGUAGUAGGUGAUCGUGUCAUAGAUGUAGGGUCGGAGUGGAGAACUUUCAGCAAUGAUAAAGCAACAAAAGACCCAUCUCGAGUUGGGGAUACCCAGAAUCCUUUGUUGAGCGACGGUGACCUGAGUACAAUGAUUGGAAAGGGCACGGGUGCAGCAAGUUUUGAUGAAUUUGGGAAUUCCAAGUACCAAAAUCGCAGAACGAUGAGCAGCUCUGAUCGUGCAAUGAUGAACGCCUUUAAAGAAAUUACAAACAUGGCAGACAGAAUCAACCUCCCUAGAAAUAUAGUUGAUCGAACAAAUAAUUUAUUCAAGCAAGUGUAUGAGCAGAAGAGCCUGAAGGGAAGGAGUAAUGAUGCUAUAGCUUCUGCUUGUCUCUACAUAGCUUGUAGGCAAGAAGGUGUUCCAAGAACAUUUAAAGAAAUAUGUGCGGUGUCCAGGAUUUCAAAGAAGGAAAUAGGUCGGUGUUUUAAACUUAUUCUGAAAGCUCUUGAAACCAGUGUUGAUCUGAUUACAACUGGAGACUUCAUGUCAAGAUUCUGUUCAAAUCUGGGUCUUCCCAAACAAGUGCAAAUGGCAGCAACACACAUUGCCCGUAAGGCUGUGGAAUUAGAUUUGGUUCCUGGGAGAAGCCCUAUUUCUGUAGCAGCUGCAGCUAUUUAUAUGGCAUCACAAGCUUCUGCAGAGAAAAGGACGCAAAAAGAAAUUGGUGACAUUGCUGGUGUGGCUGAUGUUACGAUCAGACAAUCAUACAGGCUCAUCUAUCCUCGAGCUCCUGAUCUCUUCCCAGCAGAUUUCAAGUUCGAUACUCCAGUAGACAAGCUACCACAGCUGUGAAGUUGCUGAAGGUUACUUUAAUUUCUAAUAACAAAACAAAAAAAAGAUUCUUGCCUAUAAUAAAGGAUGUACAAAGUGUUAAUAUUGAGUCUUCAUGUUGUGGAACUGGAGGAUAUGGAUAUUUGAGCAUAACUGCUGGAAUGCAGCACACAUUCCAAGGUAAACAAGCUAAUUGUGUGGCAUUUUGUAUGUAUAUAUUAGUGGAAGUAAAUAUUUAAUGACUGUUGCAACAAACUUAAUUUCAUAUUAUUGUACUUAUUCAGAUUUCUUUUGUAGGGAUCUAGUAAAAUGUAUUUUGGAAAAUUGAAAAUACUAUGUAAUUCCCAAAUAAACUUUUCCAAAAACACUGA